UUCACCAUUGAGCUUACCUCAUCAGGAUAGCAACCGCGUCAUCCCUUAGUCUUGCAAUAAAGUGUAAAGUGGCUGAGCUCCGUACAGCGCCCGGAAUAUUCCUUGCGGCAAUGAAGGGAGGGGUUGAUCAAAAUAGGGAUAGGAGUCUAAAUGGGGGUUUCCGAGCCAGGGGGUCAUUUUUUCCCGAAUCCCUUCUAGCAAAAGCGGAAAACAAAUAAUCCUCCGAGGUAUGAUAGUAUAUACCGGGAGUAAUGUUGGCUUUCCAGGGAGAAAUGGAUACCCACGCUUAGGUCAUGUAUGAGGUUUGGCUUGGUUGGGUUCAGGGCAGUCCUGUUUCGGGUGCUCGGAAUAUAUGUUUUCCUUCUCGGGUACCGGUAGUUUUCUCUCUCUUCUGUUAGUAUCAAGGACCAUCUCUCCUCCGCCACCGACACGGUCCACGCUCCACACCUCAACAGGUAAGGGGCAGGGAGGCCCAUAGAAUGAUAGCAAAAGGAAGCAAAAAGUAUCGGUGGAAAGAUUGCGGUGCUAGCAACAAUUCUCUCUGCCCCGGUGGCGAAGUUGAAAGUACAAAGCUGCGAGAGUCCAAUUUCAAUAGCUCUGAAUGCAGCUGGGCAUUGAAAGAUGGUGAACGGGAUUACCGGUGGAGAUUCUGGCCAAGGACAAACCGGGAGAUAUGUAGACUAUGUGCGUAUAACAACAACCCCCCAAGCCAAAUGAAACUCAACCAACUCUACAGAAAUACACUCUCUAGAAUGCACCAUCAUCCCCCGUGAUCCCCCAUGGCCCUAAACUAUCCGAAGCAAUCCAAACUAUAGAAAAGGUAGCGCCCAAUGUCCAGCGCCGACAGGCUCAAAGUGUGAACCGCAUAAAACCAAUUAUCACAUCACAGUCCAUGCCAACCGGCAUAAAAUUCCGGUGCAAACAAACAAAAACUAGAUAUCCAAUACCUGAUGCUCGUGGCAACGCGUACGUACCCGCAACACCAAAGAACCCAUACCCAUGCCAGUAGGCAUUGGAUAUGAAGGCAUCAAGCCGCGACCGUAACCCUAAUCGCCGCACACCUCGAGGCCUCAUGUCCUAUAUCCGCAUGCCCGAUGAGCAAUCCAACAUUGGGUAUGAUAUCAUAGUCGGCAAGAAAAUAUUUCCGAGGGUGAUAUGAUAUGACAUUCUUGCUUAUUAAGUCAUUCGAUCACCCCGGCUUGGAUCCGAAUUUUCGGAAGCCCUGAUUCGUUCCGGCCUGCCAUGUCCCUUCCUGUUCCCGUGAUCAAACUCUCGGAAGAUGUCACCCUUUUUGGAAAUAAAACUCCUGGUACAAGUAUCAUAACGUCCUUGUACCUGUACCGUACUCGAGUACGGUGGCUAACUUAGUCGUAAACUACUGUAUUGCCCCGUGCAGCACUACCCCUCAGCCUUUCCAAUUGUGGAGAUGUAAACGGGAGUGGAGAGCAGGAAAUACUUGUAACUAGGAAAGAUUUUUAGAUUAGGAGCAAAACCAAAGGUCCUGAAGGACUCUAAGUUUAGUAAAUUUUUUUCUCGCGUUUGUAUCUUGAUUCUGCUUGUAUUUGCGUUUCCUGUCCUGGAAAGAAUGCAGCUUGGUCUCUGCCAGGAUUGCUUGCGGUGGGGGAAGAACACUUUAGGGUGAAAAUGUCACAGUUCCCGUUGAUGCGCUAGGGUAGUCUACGAGUAGAGAAGGGUCCUCCGUCUCAAGUUUUUGCUCUCCAUCAUCACCCCGCAACCCCGCCAUUCAUACAAUCUCACAUCGCCGCCACACUAGAAUCAACAAACAAUGGCUACGACCAAGUGUGAUUUCACUUCCCUUGCUCUCUUUUGAAAUUGCAAUGGAUACGAUGCUAACCGUCCUGGGCUCAGACCGAUCCGUGCUUGUCUCUUCGACAUGGACGGCCUCCUACUCAACACGGAAGACAUCUACACAAAGGUCACGAACAUGAUCCUGGUGGAAAAUGGGCGUCCGAUCAUGCCUUGGAGUUUGAAAGCGCAACUCCAGGGGAGGCCGGGGCCGACGGUUUGUUUCCUCCUCACUCCUCCCCCCUCCCGAACCAAUUGACCACUGACCAACUAACCCAUUAGUCGACAAACAUAUUCUUAAAAUGGGCCCAAUUGAAAAUCUCCCACGAGGAAUUCCUCAAGCGCCGCACGGAACUCCAGACUGAAUUCUUCCCCUCCUGCAGCCCGCUUCCGGGAGCCCCGGAACUUUUAGAGACCCUCUCCACCGCGACUACCCCCUCGGGCUUACCGAUUGAAGCCGCGCUCGCGACGUCCAGUGGAGCUCAGGCUUUCGAGGUAAAGACAGCACACCUCAAGGACCUCUUCAAGUUCUUUCCCAAGGACCAGCAAAUCUUCGGUGAUGAUCCACGAAUCCAGCACGGUCGCGGGAAACCUGCACCCGACAUCUACCUCGUCGCGCUAGAGAGCAUAAACGCUCGCUUACGUGGCGAAGGCAAGGCCGAGAUUUUACCGGAAGAAUGCUUGGUUUUCGAGGACGCCGUUCCGGGAGUUGAGGCUGGGAGGAGGGCCGGUAUGCGCGUGGUAUGGAUACCGCAUAAGGAGCUCAGGAAGGUGUUUGUUGGUAAAGAGGAGGAGAUAUUGGCGGGCCUCCCGAUGGCUGGCGAUGCGGAGGGGGAGGUCGUGGAGGAGGACAGGAAGAUUGGAAAAGUGGGCGAUGGGUGGGGCGAGUUGAGGGAGAGUAUUGUCGGGUUUGAUUACGCGAGGUAUGGUAUUCAGGUAAAAAAGUAAAGAGGAUAAAGGGAGUGGCAGUAGAAGGGGGUGCAUAUCCAAGCGGACUAGAGUAGGCUCGAUAGAUGCCAGGAGAAUAGACAGCUCGGACACAGUAUCGCAUUUUACCCACCGUACCGUAUUCUACUGCGACUGGGUACCCACGGAUAGAACAUCGGUAGAGUGGCUCUCUGCUUCCUGCAACUUGCAGCGGGAGGGGUCCACAGCAU